AAUAAUCUCAAAGGAGAGAAAUACAGCUCCACUGAGAUGACCGACUCCAAAUGUUCAUCUUUAAUGGCUGAGAUGUCACGUAACCACAGACAUUUAUGAUGAUGCCCUACCCAUGAAAUUUUACCUUGGCAGCAGGAUUGCAAUGAUGACUAUGACUGGCCUGAUUUGAUUUUGGAAAAAAAAAAUUGAAUGGAUUCCAAAACUCUCUCAUACACUAAAUCACCUGUGGUAACUAUACCUGUUACAUGCAGACCAGUUAUGCCAAUUUCAGAAAUAAAUUAGGUCAGAUAAUUCAGAUAAGUACAGUCUGAUACCAACUGCUGGUGUUCACCUUGCUGCUACCUCUGUUUUUCUAGUCUGUGUUUUCCAAGCCCUCUCUUCUCUGUGGGAGCCCCUGCUGCCUUCAAGGUCUCUUCGUAAGGAAGAAUAAGAAAUGACUAAUCGCUAGUGAGACACAGUAACAAAACAAUUUUCAUAGAGGAAGAUGCUUUAUUUUUCAAACUUCUAUACUGUAUGUCCAAAAUGUUAGUUUAUUGUGAACUAAGGAAAACAGCCUUGUUUUGAGUUUUGUUAAGAUGCAAAAUAAUAAUAAUAUAAAAUAAUAUAGUGGGGUUUCAAAGGUCUAUUAUAUUUUAUUGACAAGCAUUUAAUCCCUUUACUUAAAACAAACAAAACCCACAUUUAAAUUUUGCACUCAGCCCAUGAGGUGGGGCUGUUUGGCCAUUAACUAAUUUGAAAAGAAUCAUUACCAAAGUCAUUUAGGAGGCUCAAAAGUUUUCCUAAAGUGUAUUCAACAAACGGACAGCGCAAGAUUAUAACAUAAAAUGCGUCUAGAAAAAUACAAUUUACUGACCAUGAAUAUUAAAUUUCCCUGCUAGGCACUCUACACAUCUGAACAAAUUUUUUUAAUCAGGCUGAAAAACAAGCAAGGCCAGGCUGUCUUUGUAAGUGCCUAAGUGGGGACCUCAGGUAGGGUAUGGUUACCUACACUUGAGUGCCCCACACAGGCACUUGCAAAGACAGCCUGGCCAUGUGUUUGGGUCCUUUAUGCCAGACCAGGAAGUGCUACAAUGGUCCGCAAAGGCAGCACACUAUCGCAGCAUCGCCGGACUUCUCAGGUGUCUCUGCCGGGCGGCGGCACAGCGGAGCCAAUGGAGGAAUGACAAGGGGGCGGCAUGGCGGAUAGAGAGAAAAGGAAACCCAGCCCGCCGCCUGGCCGCAACAUCCAGGUGAACACCCCGGCCAGCUUCAGGUUGACCCAUGACAUCAGCCUGGAUGAGUUUGAAGAUGACGACCUGUCGGAGAUUACAGAGAUCACAGACGAGUGCGGGAUGAGUCUGAACUGUAAUGGCCCAGAUAUAAAGGGCCAUGUGAGACGAGGAACCAAUAGCAUGUCAGGGAGGGCAGAGCUCGGUGCCGUUGGCCAGCUUCAGGCAGAGAUGCUGCAUUUGGACCUCAUAGACGGUGCUGACGGUUACCGCGGUGACAAAGAGUCCUCGAAGGCAUCCGCCAUCGCACCCCCGCCAGCCACCAAGGACCCCGGAGCACCUGUUACCAUGGAUACCUACCGGCCCAAGAGACCAACGACCCUUAACCUCUUCCCAAUUGUGCCACGCACACAGGACACAUUAAACAACAACUCCUUUGGGAAGAAAUACAGCUGGCAGGAGAAGGUUUCAGGCUCGUCAUCGCCUCUUAAAACAGGUGAGCUCACCCCUCCACGUGAGCACAGCUGCCUGAGCGACGAGGACAAGGUGCAGGGUGGGGGAGCGCAGACCAAAGACCGCGGGACCUCCACCGACGCCCCCUGCAGACACAGCCACACCUCGGGACACUCGCACAGCUCGUCUACAGCGGCCGUGACACGCUCCAAGCUUCAGGAGAAGCCACCCGCUCCCCCACCACCACAGAACUACACACCAGCUCCUCUUUAUCCAGCAGGGAAGGCAGAUGGAGGUGGGCACCACCGGGAGAGGAUCCGCUACCACACGGAUGUUCAUCUAGAGCCCACAGAGGAGAUUUAUCUGACUCCUGUGCAGCGUUCUGCCGACCCCCUAGAGCCUCUCAACACGCAGGACCGGCCUUUCCUCUCACAGCAGACUGAACAGGGCCGCAUGUCCAUCAGCUCUGACACUGAAGGCCCACCUCCUUACCAGCCCCUCCCAGACCGGACAAACCCCUCCAUCUAUGAGGAGGACGAGGUCUACGUCCCCCCACCUUCAUAUGCUUCCUGCGUAGAGUCCCUCAUCACUCCACCCAGCAUGGCCCUCUCAGCUCGCUCCUCCCUUGCACUGGACCUCAGCCUAAAGGGGGCAGGGACUGGGGCCGGGGCUAUGCUGAGAGCCGGGUCAUCGGUGGAGUAUGUGGACGCCACAGACGAAAGCUACUGUGGAGAGGAUGAGGAUGUGGACAGGAUAAUAAUGGACGGAAGGAUGAGGAAGGGGGGAGGAAAGGGCAAUGAUGGCGGCGGUGGCGGCAGCAGCCGAGCCGCCCCGGUAAGGACUUCCAUGAGCUCAGAGGCCAGCGGCCUUUCAUAUGACUCGGUCAAAUACACGCUGGUGGUGGAUGAGCACGCUCAGCUUGAACUGGUCAGUCUCCGGCAGUGUUACCAAGGCUACAGCGAUGACAGUGACUCGGCCACCGUUUACGACAACUGCGUCUCCUCUCCGUACGAGUCGGCCAUCGGGGAGGAGUACGAGGAGGAAGAUGAGGAGGACGGGGCUCGGAUAGGAGGAGUGAGGAGAGAGGCAACAGCUUGUCUGUCUGAAGACUCCACUCCAGAGGCAGACCUGCACUUCUCCAAGAAGUUCCUCAACGUCUUCAUGAACGGACGCUCUCGCUCUUCCAGUGCAGAGUCCUUUGGCUUAUACUCGUGUGUCAUAAAUGGAGAGGAGAGGGACCAGAGCCACAGAGCUGUCUACAGGUUUGUCCCCCGACAUGACGAUGAGUUGGAGCUGGAGGUAGAUGAUCCGUUGCUGGUGGAGGUGCAGGCAGAGGAUUACUGGUAUGAGGGCUACAACAUGCGAACUGGUGCCCGUGGGAUCUUCCCCGCUUACUACGCCAUAGAAGUGACAAAGGACACAGAGAGCUACAAAGUGAAGAGCAAUGAAUGGAUGGACAGAUACCGGCUAAAGUUCCUGGGGUCAGUCCAAGUGCCCUACCACAAAGGAAAUGAUGUUCUGUGUGCAGCUAUGCAGAAGAUUGCCACCAACAGAAGGAUGACAGUCAAGUACAACCCGCCUUCCUCCUGCAUCCUGGAGAUCAGUGUGAAAGGCAUCAAGCUUGCAGUUCAAGAGGAUUAUUAUGCUUGUGAUAGAAGUAAUGAGUGCAGUCAUUUCUUCCAGUUGAAGAACGUCUCCUUCUGCGGCUAUCAUCCCAAAAACAGCAAGUAUUUUGGUUUCAUUACGAAACACCCAGCAGACCAGAGAUUUGCCUGCCAUGUGUUUGUGUCUGAAAACUCCACUAAACCUCUUGCAGAGUCAGUAGGGAAAGCCUUCCAGUUGUACUAUAAAGAGUUUGUGGAGUUCUCGUGCCCUACAGAGGACAUCUACCUGGAAUAGCACUGCCCUGCCUUCAACCACAGCGCUGUACAGUACACUGUAUCAUAACAUAAUGUUGCAUGAAGGACAGACAUAUCUAAAUUAAAAUAAAUAAAUGAAAACUAACACAUCUGACAAACAAACAGGAAAAGAAGGUUGAAGUAUUGGAUCAGCAGUGAAACCUUUGCGCAAUAAGAGGAGAUAAAAAUGUGCCAAAGGCAGUGUGCUUUGAUAAAAGUAAAUAUGCAAAAUGGAGUCAGUGAUCACAGGCUAUUCCACGGAAAGCACAAACAAUGUAUCACCACAGCCUUGGCAGCGCUAGUUAGCCUGUAGCAUUGUCUCAGCAGGUGCAACACGGAAAGACCACGAGCCACACUGGACUGCGCCACCAUGUACUUGUCAAAAGAAAAACAGCAGCUAAGAUUUGAAAAAAAAAUUAACAUGAUUAAUUUGCUAUGACUUCAGAUUUUUACAGUCUGAGCAUGAGGAACAUAUAUAUUAUUUACUAAAUUACAUCCUCACACUGAAAAUGCAUAAGUGAAAUAAAAAUCUAUGUAGGAAUAGUGAAUUCUAUCCUUAAAGCACACCUAAUACAAAGGUGAUUCACACUGUUAAAAAAAAAAAAAAAAUCCACCCUGUAACACUGUAAUACAACUAUCUACAGGUGAUGUUCUUUGCAUUUUGGGGUCUGUGACUAAACCUGAUAUCAAACCCAAACAUUGUGAUCAGUUGGAUGAGCAAGUUUGGGCAUCUAUGCAUGAUCUGCCUUAUGAGCUAUGUAUGCAGCAAGGUGGGGCUCAGUGCAGUGCAGAGGCACAAUGUUUGUGCUGCCAUUCACCAGUGUGAGCCAAGUAGUAAGUAACUGCUGAGAAAUUCAAAACAAAAUCAGUCUGGCAACAACCAGGUAUUUCAGUUUAAAACAAAGAUGAGUAAAAGCUUAAAAGUGAACCAACUGAUUACUGAUUAGGCUAAUUUAAGUAUUUACUGGUUUCUUCGUCCUCUAUAGUAUUAAACCAAGUAUACUUGUGUUUGGACUCUCACUUUGAAUGUAUCAACUUGGGCUUUCAGAAAUUUAGACUGGCAUUUUCUGAUUUAUGGAGCAAAUGAUUAAUUAAUAAUGAAAAUAAUCAUUUGUUACCACAUUAGACCCACUGAUUAAGAUGGGUUGCUCUAAAGUGAAGUCAAGGAGAUGACAAAACAUUCUACAUCCAAAGGAGCAGGCAGGAAGUACCACAGUUUCUAUGCCAGCGGACAGUAUGGGCAGACAAGUUGGGACAGACCAAAACAUUUCAACACUGAAUCACAAGAACUCUUGAAAUGCACUGAAGAUCAUUUGUCCAUGACAAAAAAAGAAAAAAAGCAUAGUGUGAGGUUGUAUGAGUCUGUACUUUUCCUUUCAAAAUUUAUAACAGCUUCUAUUGGUACUGUAGUCCUAAGAUACAACCACCCAACAUUUUCCCAGUAAAGCCUUAUCCCUAAUUCCUAGUCUAAUGCUGACACACUGCGCUUCUUUACUGUGUGUUCUAACAUGGUAAGAAAUCAGUGACAAAGAAGUUUAACACCAGUUAAAAAUAAAUAAAUAAAAAUCUGGGUUAGGCUCUACAGUGGUAAAAGAUGUGGACUGACAUACAGAUUAUGUGGUAUCAUGUGGUGUUCUAGAAACUUGCUCCUGAUAGUUUUGACAUCAGAAAUAUUAAAUGCUCUCUGUGCGGCAGUGAUAAGAUAAUAAGGUUGAUCUUCAGAACAGUAUGUACAGGUGCUGGCAAGGGAGCAAAAGCAAAACUCUGGUGUUUUCAGAUCUUCACUAGUAGUGCCUCUUUCUCAUUAGAUCAUUGUGACCUUCCUCACUGAACGUUAUCACAACAUUUUAAGGGAUUGCCAUUGAGUGUGACUGCCACUGAAUUUAAGUUUUUGAAUGCAGACUGAGAUGUAGAAGUAUGUUUGGUGUAUGCUGCACUUUUUUCACUGCGCUAAACAUACUGUACUGUACCUAUGCUGCUGAAUUCCAGUUUUUCCUGCCGUAUUUGUUUCAGAACAUGCCAGGUACAGUGAAAUGGUGCUAAUACAGAGCCUUUAUGUCUGUUACCCAGAUAAGACGUUACACAGACAAGACCAAAAGAGUCAGCCCAAGCCAAGUAAACUAAUCAACAAGAUGUAAGUAUAUAGAAGGUCCAAAUGCACGUGUCAAAAAAUAUAUAUCUUAAUUCCAUUCUGUUGAUACAGCUAUGUAGCUAAUACUCUUAAAACACACGUGAUACUCACAGGUAACAGUAACUGCUGGCUAACAGUUACCAAAUCAGCCUUGCUAAUUACACAGGAGCAGAGCUGUAGAAGACUUGAACUUAAUAACCACAGGUUCGUCGUUUCAUUGAUUAGUCAAUUGACAGAAAAAUAAUCAGUAAUAAUCGUUUAAGCAAUCUUUCAAGAAAAUCAGCCAGUAGACUUGAGAUUUGAUUUUGAACUUGAUGAAUUUUGAGGAGGCUACACUUUCUAUGGCACAUCACUGCCUCCUCUAUAAUACUCCUUUUUUUCUGAGGAUGUUUAGGAUCUCUGUUAUUAAAAUGGACUUGAUGUGACCACUGGUCCACACUGGUUGCACCAAAUUCACCAAUACUGCCAAUACUCCUCAUAUUAAAACUUUUCAGUCGUUUACAGACGUGUUCUGAACGAGGACCCACAUGUUCAUAACAGAAAACCAAAGGAAUUCCAUAUCAUUUUAAAUCAACACAGGUACAGCACAGUUGUUUUGCAGUGAAAGACAAACUGAAAGUGGGCUUCCUACAUCAUUUAUCAUCAUUUAUUUAACACUGCUUUGUAACAGAUGAAUUUAUGUGAUCUGUAUUUGACAGGAGAUAAAAUGUCUGUGAAAGAAAGAUUAACUGAUGAAGGAUGUGAAAAUGACCAAUUCCAGCCAUCUCACCAGUCCCCACUAUUUGUCCCUUUCACAAAAACUAUAUAUAUAUGUGUAUAUAUAUAUAUGUGUAUAUAUAUACAUAUAUAUAUAUAUACACACAUAUAUAUAGCAACAAAAGUUGUCUGCUGUUGCUAAUCCAAUCAAAGCCAUUGUAUUUGCAUUAAGAUACCAACACUGAUUUUUAUAUAAGUUCCCAUCUCAUCAGGUGGACAAGAGAAAAUGUACUGUAGUGGGGGCUAUACAAAGGGUGUAAAGACAUGCCAUAUAUAAAUAAAUAAUUUAAUAUCUGUAAUUAUAAAUAUUACAUUGUAUUGAUUCAACAUGUAGUUUGUGAAAUUUCUCUUUAUUUUGGAAUUUUUUUAGGUGUGAAUUAUUCUUUAUUUAAAAAUUUUAAUGCAGA